AAAUGCUUCACGUGGAAUGGAGAUUUUGUAAUGGGUGAAAAACUGAAGAGGAACUCCUUUGUUUAGCUAACAUUAAUUCCUGAUAGAAUUACUUUGGGUUUUGACCAAAUUUAUCCAUAAUUGAGUAGUGCUUACUGCUAGGAUGCAUCCUCAAUUUACAAUUCCAUAAAUAAAAUCAAAACUAUUUUUUAAUGCAGGAACAGAUUGGAAUAGGCAUUUCUUAUUUUCUUCUCUGCACACAGAGCUACAACUGCUGUGAUUGCUGUGAGCUGGGUUUUCUUGUCUUUUUUCUGAUUUAUGUCAAGAAAUGGAUAGUGCUUGUGAUUUUUAGUUUCCUCAAAAAAGGUUUCCUGCCUUUCCCAGCAGUUGGAGUUACUUGUGCAGGCUGUAGGCUACCUAUGAAUGUCAUUGCAGACUCCUGUGCUCUGUCCCAUUUUUUACUACACCUAGUUAGCAAGGAGUUAAGUUGGACGUAGAUUUAUGAGAGGAUAAAUCAGAGUUUAGGUGCCUGAAUACUAUGAGGAGGCACGCAUCUUUCUCUACAGAAGUCAGGAGGAGUCUUAGGUAACAGUUCUCACUCUUCAGGCUCAAUCUGGGAAUGUCAUGAGCAUGUAGACAGUGAUCUGUGAACAGUGUUCUGCGGUCUUUGAGCUUAGGACCCAUCUGUCAUCCCAGACAUACCUUGCUUAACUACUGUUCAACAUCUGAAGAGAAAUUUAAUCUAAAUUCAAACUAAUUAAUUUCUCCUUGUUUGCUGCAGUGGCCAGAAAUGACUGGCUCUACCUUCUCUCCUUAUACUUUAUUUUCUGAAAAAUUAAUUUAUCUCUCACUUUCUCUAGUGAGGCUUCUUCCUCAGUAUGUCUUUCAACUCCUUUUUGGGAAUUCUUGCACUUUUAUUUAACACCAUAAGUAAUUUAAAAAAUGGCACUAAUGCAACACUUCGGUGCCCCUGCCAGAGGAAAUGGUCUUUGCAGUUUGUAAACUGAGAGGGAGAGAAAAGGAGAUGUUAACCAGUCAACUUCUCUGUUCAUUGGUGUUCUGUAUUAUAAAGGAUAAUUGAACUUUUUCUAUUUGGAGAUAACCUAUACUUAAUGUUUUCUAAUAAAACGUUGAAGUGUUGGCUCAUAUUUAAAAACAAAACCACCCCUACUUGAAAUAAAAAUGCAAGAGAAAAUUGCUUCAUCAAAUAUCAGACAAUUGACAAGAAUUAUAGUCAAGUGGCUCAGAUUCUGUAGCCUUAAUGGAUUUCUGGCAGAAACCAUAAGUAAUAAUUAAAGAAACAAACCUCUAAAGUAAUUUUUUUCAGUCUGUUUAAGCACAGACUGCUAUUUCAAAUCUCUAUAAAUAGAAAGCAGAGCACAUUUAAUUUGGGAGUUGAAGAUUACUAUUCUGCAGCAUUUCUGUAGCGUAGGUAGAACUAGCACAUUGCCAAAUACUGAUGCUGCACUGUAUGCAGUCUUCAAAGCUAAUUCGUAUCCCACACCAGUUUUGUCAGCAAAUCAGUACAAGUUUAUAUCAGAUUUAACUAGUAUUUGUCCUUUUAAAAUAAUUUUCUUGUAAUGCCACAGGAAUGGCAUCACAGACAUAUAAUUUAUGGUUCUUCAAAACAUGUCUUUGAUAGUCUCAAGUGUAAAACUACAACAGCAAUACUGUUUUAUGAAAGACAAAUUAAUGGCAAAGAACAGGGAUUGUGUGGAAGUAAUCACGGAAACCUGCAAGUUCUGUUAAAGCUUUCUCUUGAGCUGAUAGCGUGGCGAGUAACAGGCGCUGUAGCACUGCUAAAAUGUUCCCUGACUUGAUAGCCUGAAAAGUAGUAGGUGCUUCAACUUUGUUCUUUCACACUGGGAGAAAAGGGUGAUUAUCUAGCAAUGCUGGAGGCUUUCAGCUGCUAGGUGAGUUGAGCAGACUUGCCUAUUGAGGUAGAAGGUGACAGAGCAUCUUUUAAAAUACAAGUUGUAACUCCACAGGCUUUGAAAUUGAAAUAUUUGUUGCACUAAUGCAAUACAAAGUUCUGCAUUAAGCAGAAGAGUUUCCAAUUCCUGAGGAAGUUGCAAUUUAGGACUUUCUUUAGCGGAAGAGCAAAUGUAUGGAAAGACCAGGCUGUUAUGAAUGCUAGCAAUUCAUGUGAUUUAUCUGCCCUCCCCGCAUACACACACCGAGCUGGUCAAUGGUUCUGAGUUGCUGUUGGUGUGAGAUGAGCAGAGACUCCUUUAACAUUACAUUAGUAGCAUAAUUAAGAAGAAAAAUUUAAAUCUUUUAAUUACUAAAAAUUGUCUUCUAACACACAGCAUUGUUAUUUUAAAUUCUGAUAGUUUUCUUGCAACUAGAAUCUGGAAACAGCUGUUGGGUGUAUCUUAAACUGGUAGUUUGUGGAUGUUUGGUGAACCUAGUUCCUACCUCCAUCCUCAAGGGUUCACAAGAACCAGCCAUGAAUCUGUCACAGAUCCCAGACAGAAUAUCACUGACUAUUCAAGACUGAAUAUUGAACUUCAGAAGGAAGAUGUCAUUAAUGUGGAAAGGGACGAAAGACUGUCUCUUCGGAAGCAUCGCUUCAUGCAUUUUGCAUCUUUGGAAUACGAAGGAGAAUAUUACAUGACACCAAGAGAUUUCUUGUUCUCAGUAAUGUUUGAUCAAGUUGAACGUAAAGCCUCAGCCAAGAAACUGACAAAAAAGGAGGUAGAUGCUGCACUGCUAUGUGUUGCCAAAGCUAAACCAGGACCGACCUUUUUUAGAGAGCUUGGUGAUAAAGGGUUGAUAUCUUAUGCAGAGUACCUAUUUUUGCUGACAAUCCUUACGAAACCCCAGACUGGAUUUCAGAUUGCCUUUAAAAUGUUGGAUACAGAUGGCAAUGAACAAGUUGAAAAGAAAGAAUUCUUUAAGCUACAGAGAAUCAUUGGGAAGGAAGAUGAUUUGAAAACAGCUGGAGAUGAAACAGUAUUUCGGGGAGCAGACCUGGAAAGCUCUGGUGUUAAUACCAUGUUGCUGGUACAUUUCUUUGGAAAAGAAGGAAAGGAAAAACUUCGCUAUUCUGAGUUUUUCAGAUGGCACACAGAAAAUGGAAACCAUCUACAUCUCUUCAGGCAAUGUGGAGCUGAUGUAAGCCAGCUCUUGUGCCUGCCUUCCUACUGCCCUGGACACAGGAGGCACACGCAGGGAGAGAAGAUGGUUAAGCAUGCGGUGCUCCAUCUGUCUCCACCUGGUGCACGGUUCUUUGGAAAUCAUAGCUGGGUGAUACACACAAGGACAAUCCUCAGGCUGUUUUUUACUGGUCAUAAGGAAUUAGACCAUGAAACAGAAUAUCAGAUCACUUUUCAAACUUCCUUGGGCUGCCAGGAGCAUGAAAGUAAAGAAGCAGCCUUUUCAUAGGUAUUUUGUGACACCGGUCAAGCUCUUUUCUCACUAUCCUCCAGAACAUAGUCAAAACAGCAGCCAAAGCUGCUGCUGUUCAUUCUCUGCUGGGACCCCUCCUUUGUUCCGCAGGGGCUGCAUAGAAGCAGCAGAAGCAAUCCAGGAGGCACGCCAUCCUGUGUGUUUCCCGUAGAAACAAGGUGGUUUCAGAGAUACUAAAGUAGGACUCAAGGAACACAUGUUCAGCUCCAGACUGCUACAUGGUUUCUUGCCAGUUGUCCUUAACAUAAGGACAAUAUUAUAAUUAUUAAUAAUAAUUCACAACUUCAAAAGCUACAGCUCGUUUCCCUGGCAAAAGUUAGGAAAUUUACAUCAAAAUUAUUCCGGAGUAUGUUUACGUAGAUCACUAGUAAAGGUGGUGCCUUCUGGUCAAAUGCAGCUGGAAUCAUUCUUCUCCUGUAUCAGUUUAAGAAAACAUAAAACAGUAUGCAGCAAACCUAAAAUCAUGUAACGAAGAAAGGUAAAUUUAGUACAAGAAGCUGUAACCAGGUGAGACUUUCUUCUCGGAAGACCUAAACAAAUUUCUGUUUCAGAUGACCACCACUCAGUUGCACACCUCAACAAUAAUGUCAUCUUCUAAUACCAGGCCCCAUCUUAUAGAAUGUCAGAUUUCAAACAUGAAGU